GAAUUAGUCACAAAAUUAACCGUAAUCAAGUAAAUAUUUCGACAAAUUCUCAGUGAUUUUUGCAUAAAAAACGGAAAGAAAAAAACUUUAGUGAAAACCUACACUACUCGAGCAAAUCAAGAAAUUUCUUUGUGCUACUCUGCUGCAUGUGUGUGUGUGUGUCGUACGUGCGAUUCAUUCAUUCCAUUACGUGUGUGCGCUGGCAAUAUUUGGACAAGGGAAAAAGUUAACCAAAUAACAGCAACAGCUAGCCCAAUGACUUGUACAAAUUUGUUGUUGUUGUUCAAAUUGUUAAAAUAGAUGCUUGCAAUGUAGAGCUCCUGCUGGCCCCUAAAAAGGGGGCGCACAGGUCCAAUAGCACAGACAUUUAAGUAGUACCCCGUAUAUACUAAAUAUUGAUACUGGUAUUUGCGCCGCAAAUUAAAAGAACUUUUUGCCGUUUACGUCUUAAGAAGAAGCAACAAAUACGUCAAAUUACCAACACCAAGGCAGACGAAAAUAUAUAUGCAUAUGUACAAUACAGAUACACAUGUUCAUGUGUAUUAAGGUAUAAGCGACAAUAUUUUAUUUGGCGUUAUCAUCAUCAUCACCACCACCACCACCACCACCCACCAACAGUGCAGAGUAUUAACCAAAACGCUGCGCAACUAACGACAACAAUAACGUAAAGACAAAAUAAUAAAAUACAAUAAACGAAGUAAUAUAAGCUAACUAAAGAAACAACUAAUUUGAUACGUAGAAUUAUGAACGUAGAGAACCAAUUGAAGACACCGCUACCACAGAUUCGUAAUUUGGUCAAGCACAUAAGCAAGAGAAAUUUUAAUGAGAGCAACGAACAAAUAAAGCAGUUCAUCCAAGAUUACGGCCUCGAAGCGGAUCGCAGCUGUCUGCGCUAUCUGUUCACGUUACUCAAUUUGAGCGAACAGUCCACGAACGUCAACGCACAGCUGCAGGCUAAGUUGCUGGGCGCCCAUCUGCAGCGGCAACUGCAAAGCUCCUCGUUUGUCACAAACAUUUGUGUUGCGUUCGAUCAGCACUUUGCCAAACAAAAGAGUCUUAAAACUUUGCCGCUUGCCGAGCUCAUUGGGCAGGUGGCCAAAUUAACCGGCAUCAACAAACUUUGCGAGUGCGUCUUUGCCUUGGCCGUUACUCAUAGCACACAUCCUGAGCUACGCCAGUGCGCCAGGGAUAGUUUACGCAGCUCUCUACCUGAAUUGCUUGAUUCUUAUUUGGGUCAGAAUAACGCAACUGCAGCAGCUGCCAGUGGCUUGCACGAAAUCUCGUUCGAUCUAUUGCAAUAUUUGCUUUGCUGUUUAAGCGAAUACGUGACGCCGCAGUUGGAGUCGCAGUUUCUAAACAAACUCCGCGAGGAAUUUCCACGCGAGGCUGUGCCGCUGGUGCUAGCACCGCUCCUGUAUCGUGGCACAACGGCGACGGCGGCGACGACGACGACAACGACGGGUGCCAAAGCAAACGAAACUGAUGCAGAGGAGGAGACGCCGAGCUCGACAACAACAACCAGCAGCUGGAGCAGCUCUGAUGCGAAUAAUUUGAAUGAAGUUGGCAUCGAGGAUAUCUAUGACCAUUUAUGCGAGAUAAUAUUUACAAAUCAGGGCAAAAAUAAUAUUAUGGACACAUCUUGGAUUAAUUUAAUCCUUGAAAUCGGUUAUGAAUUUACAUCGAGCGUUGAAGAUUGCAAAAAUCAUUUGUGUUGCGGCGCCGGCAGCGCUGCUGGCAGCGGUAGCGUCUCACGUGAACUGCAGCCCAAAGAUGUUGCCAAAAUUGUUGGUCUUAUGUGCCGGCGUCACUCUUCGCUCCUCGAUUGCAAUGUAAAUCUACCAACACCAGCUAAUUUCUGGCCCGGACAGGGACAGCAGUCAGGCAAUGGUAACAACAGCAGUGGCGGCGGUUCUGCCGCACAACAAAACUCAAGCAGCAGCAGCAGCAACAAUAACAACAACGAUGGCGGCAGCGAGUCGAGCACUGCGGUUAGCAGCAGCGAAAAGAAGGACAAGAAGGAGACAACGGAUGCGACGCAAACAUGGAAGCCGGAUGUGUUUGUGCAGGCGCUCAAGGAGCUGGUGCCCCAGCUUAACUGGAAGGAUGUCUGCAUGGAUCUUGAUCAUUCAGAGUUCGUGCUAAAAGAUCGCAUUGGCUUGGAUCUGCUACUCACAAUAUUCAGAUUGGCCACGCAAUCGAAUCUGUUUCCGCACCCGGAAUGCAUUUACCGCCACUGGGCGAACACAGAGGGUCAGCUGUCGCUGAUAACAACGAUGCUAAAGAAUCCCGAUUUGUUCUCAUUCGCCGACUAUGUGUUCAGUCAGCCGCCUCUUGAUGUGCUCAAAACGCCACCGGAUGCGGACAAUAAAGAAAUUGCCGCCUGGAAAUCGUUGCAUUUGGUGGAGGUGCUGCUGUCCAUAGCGGACAAGGGUUACUUUAGUCAGGUGCACGAUUUGUUCAAGUUUCCGGCACAGAAUUGUCCGGACGUGCUGUUUCUUGCGUUGCUACACAUCAAUCCUCCAUUAACACCACUGCGUCAGGAUUUGUUUAAUCAGCUGAUACCCACAUUUCUCGGCAAUCAUCCCAACUCGAAUGUGAUAUUGGCCAGCGCCUGGAGUUCCACCAACUAUCAACUGCGUCCGAGCAUUAUGAACGCCAUGUCCGAAUGGUAUUUGCGUGGCAGCGAAUUCGAUCAGGUUAAAUUAUCGCGGAUUCUCGAUCUGGCGCAAGAUCUCAAGGCGCUCUCCUCGCUGCUCAAUGCACGCUCCUUCCUCUUCAUUAUCGAUCUGGCCUGCUUGGCGUCACGUCGCGAGUAUCUCAAGCUGGAAAAAUGGUUAAGCGAUAAGAUACGCGAUCAUGGUGAGCCCUUUAUGCAGGCCAUGAUCAAAGUGCUGCAGCGUCGUUGCCCGCAGGUCACCAAUGCCAAGCUGCCCGAGGAUCAGCUGCCGCCCAAGCAAGCACAAUUGCUGCCCGAAACAGUUACCACCAUGAUUAAUUGCCUGCAGGCUUGCAUUAACAAUUGCAUGCAGCCGGAGAUUGUCGAAAUGAUUAUGCAAAUGGCUGCCAAUGUCACCAUUAUGGCCAACAAAGCGCGCGCUGCGCAGCAGCAGCAGCAACAACAACAGCAGCAGCAGCAGCAGCAACAACAGACAGCAGGACCACAAGGCUUAGUGCCACCGCCUCCCAGCAUUUUGCGCGGUCAUCGCGGCAUGGAUUUACCUGGUGCGGGCAUUGUGCCGCCGGGUUCAGUGCCUCAGCCGCCGCAACCUUUCAGCGGCAAUCUGAGCGCACAACAAAUGUUCGGUCCUGGCGGCGGCGGCGGUGGUGGCGGCGGCAUGGAUCCGCUCACCAACAUGUCCAACAAUCUGGCUGGCCUCAAUCUGGGUGGACCAAAUGGCGCCUUCAAUUUUGGCAACAUGCUGACAUCUCCAUCACGGCUAAUGAAUCCCGGAGCCAAUGCAUAUCCGCCCAUACCCAUACAGAUACCAGCGCCGCCACCCAAUGUUGGUAAUCUGGGACGCAUGCUGCCAGGCUCAGCAGGAGGACCACAGCCGGCGCCGACAGCGCCGAAUCCGAAUAAUCCUGGCAUAGCUGAUCUGCAAAUGCCGGUGUCCAAGGAGGUGGAAGAUGAAGCCAAUUCCUACUUCCAGCGCAUCUACAAUCAUCAGCCCAAUCCAACGCUUUCGAUAGACGAAGUGCUCGACAUACUGCAACGCUUUAAGGAGUCCAGCAAUCGACGCGAACAGGAGGUUUUCCUCUGUAUGCUGCGCAAUCUGUUCGAAGAGUAUCGCUUCUUCUCGCACUAUCCGGAGAAGGAGCUGCAAAUUACCGCACAACUCUUUGGCGGCAUUAUCGAUCGCAAUCUGGUGCCCACGUUUGUGGCCCUGGGACUUUCGCUGCGUUGCGUCUUGGACGCCUUGCGCAAGCCAGAAGGCUCCAAAUUGUAUUACUUUGGCGUGACCGCCUUGGAUCGUUUCAAAACACGGCUGCAUACGUAUAACAAGUACUGCGAGCACAUUCGUUCCAUACAACACUUUACGGACUUUCCGCCGCAUCUCAUACAAUAUGUGGAGUAUGGCAUGCAUGGCCAGGAGCCGCCACCACAGAAGCUCAUUGGCUUGAGCAACACCAUACCCACAUCAGCCUUAGCACCUACGGGCGGUGAGCCGCUGUAUCGCGCCAAUGCUAUGCCAGGCAACAUGUCGGCUGCUUUGGGAGGCAGUGGUGGCGGACAGAAGCCACCAGUUUCGGUGCUGCAUGCCACACGCAUGAAGUCCAUUGCUAAUGCCACCAACAUUGAUACGCUGCUAGUGGCCAAUCAGGAGGAGAAGGUAACAGUGCCGCCGGAGCCGGUGCAGGACAAGACCGCCUUCAUAUUCAACAAUCUUAGCCAGCUGAAUAUACCGCAGAAAUGCGAGGAAAUCAAAGAGAUUAUGACCAAAGAGUAUUGGCCUUGGCUGGCCCAGUAUUUGGUCUUGAAGCGCGCCUCCAUGGAGUUUAACUUCCAUACGCUCUACUAUAAUUUUCUGGAUGCACUCAAGAACGGUGAAAUCAAUCGAUUCGUAACCAAGGAAACGCUGCGCAACAUCAAAGUGCUGCUACGCUCGGACAAAGGUGUCAUCAAUUUCUCUGAUCGCAGCCUGUUGAAGAAUUUGGGCCAUUGGCUGGGCAUGAUGACGCUGGGACGGAAUCGACCCAUCUUGCAGCUGGAUUUGGAUCUAAAAUCGCUGCUUGCAGAAGCCUACCAUAAGGGACAGCAGGAGCUGCUCUUUGUGGUGCCGUUUGUGGCCAAAAUAUUGGAGUCUUCGGCCAAGUCACGCAUAUUUAAGUCGCCCAAUCCCUGGACUAUGGGCAUAAUGUAUGUGCUGGGCGAGCUGCAUCAGGAGCCAGAUUUGAAAUUAAAUCUUAAAUUUGAAAUUGAAGUGCUAUGCAAGACUCUAAAUCUGGAGCUGGCUAAAUUAAAGCCGGUGAUCUAUCUGAAAGAUCCCACGCGUGCUUUGUUAAUAGAGCAGCAAAUGUCACAGCCGAAGCCCAAGCAUGUGGAAGCGCAACAGCAGCAGCAGCAACAACAACAACAGCAGCAGCAGCAACAGCAGCAGCAACAACAACAACAGCAGCAACAGCAAGCUCAACAACAACAGCAAGCACCUGCGCCGCCGCCACAACAACAACAACCACAACAACAGCAGCAGCAACAACAGCAACAACAACCACAACAAGCGUCUGGAUCAGCAGCGGAGCUUGAAGCUCAAUCCAUGGCCAUGAUAGGCAAUGCUAGCGGCAGCGCUGCUGCCGUCAGUUCACCCAAUCUGCCUACAGAUGCCAACCAAGUGGUGCUGCCACCACCGGAGCCACGCUAUGCCUACAUCGAGGUAAACGUUAGCAACUUCCAAUUGAUUGCCCAGCAGCUGGUGCUGCCCGCCAACAUACCCUUCCUGCAUGCCAAUCCCGGCAUCAAGCACAUUGUGGUCAAUGCCAUUGAACGUACCAUAACCGAUUGGCUGCAGCCUGUGGUUGAUCGUAGCAUACGCAUUGCUUGCGCCACCACGGAGCAGAUUGUGCGCAAAGAUUUCGCCCUGGAUGCUGAUGAGAAUCGCAUGCGCACUGCGGCGCAUCAAAUGGUGCGCAACUUAGCCGCUGGCAUGGCCAUGAUUACAGGCAAGGAGGAGAUUGCGCGCGCCAUUAGUCAGAAUCUGCACAAAGCUUUCGUAGCUGCAUUGACUGGCGUGUCCAGCAUGUCGGAACUGCAGGCGGCUGCGCUGCAGUUGGCCAACGAGAAUGUGGAGCUGGUGUGCGUCUUUAUACAAAAGACGUCGGCGGAGAAGGCAGCACUCGAGAUUGAUCGCAGGCUGUCCACAGAUUUCGAGACACGCAAGAUUGCGCGCGAGGAGGGCAAUCGGUUUGUCGAUGCACAGAUCCUGAGCUAUCAGCAGGAGCGUCUGCCAGAGCCAGUGCGUCUCAAGGUGGGCCCAGCGCCGCCCACGCUCUAUGCUGUCUACUCGGAGUUUGCACGCAAUAUCCCUGGGUUUCAGCAAAUGAGCGAACGUGACAUUGCCAUGUUUGUGCCCAAGCCACAGGAGACGGGACCACCCAAUGUGUUUGCCAACGAUGAGAGCAGCAUGGUCUACGCCGAGGUGGCCAGCAAAAUGGAGGCGUUCAUGAAUACAGCCAUCAAUGUGCCCACGCUGCAGCUGCAGGCGAGCAAGAUGCAUAUGCUGCUGAAUGCUUUGAUGGCCACGCGUCGUCAACGCGACCAGGAGUCGGCCUUCAAUCUGCUGCAACGCGCCGUUGAGGGCUUAACCGAGGGCCUCAUCAAUGUGCAGGAGCAUCUGGAACAGAUGAAGCUCUAUCGCGACAUACACUUGCGCAUCCUGAGUCUGCUGCACAACAGCUUUGGGGCACCCAACACGGAGCGAGCGGUGACCAAAUGCUUCUUUGAUAUGCGCGAAGAGAUUCGCUACAAUGUGGAGGCGGCGCGCGCCCUGAUCACCUCACACUUUGUCAAUCUCAAUCAGUUUGAUGGCAUGUUGCGCGAUUGCAUGGACAAUGGCAACAACUAUAUGGCCAUUUCCUUUGGCAUUGCGCUGCUCGAGCGUCUGAUUAUGGAGGAUCGUGCGAUUAAUAUUGUGGCCGAUAAUGAGUUUAUGGCCACGGUGGAGCUGCUGGGACGACUGACACAGCAUCGUCAUCGUUAUCCCGAGUGCAUUGUGAAUGCCAUCGAGACACUCUGGUCGGGUAAUCUCAACACCAGCGACUACGGACCAUUCAAUGCGGGUGAGCGUUACCUCUCCGGCGCAUCACAUUACAUACACUCGGGCAUGCAUCACGUUAGGUCAUGCGAUACAGAUGAUCCGCCGGGACUGCAGGAGAAGACCGAGUUUCUGCUCAACGAUUGGGUGGCUCUAUACUCGCAACAGACGCAGCAAACGACGCGCGAUGCGCGCAACUUUGGCGCCUUUGUGCAGAAGAUGCACACAUAUGGAAUACUCAAGACAGACGAUCUGAUUACGCGCUUCUUCCGACAGGCCACACAGAUCUGCACGGAGGUUGUGUAUCGUGUGUUUGCCGAGCCAAGUUUGCCCGUUAACCAGGCCAAGAACAAGAUAUUCCAAUGGAUCGAUGCGUUUGUGCAUUUGAUUGCGAUGCUGGUGCGCCACUCCGGCGAGGCGGGCAAUCCGACGACCAAGAUUAAUUUGCUCAACAAGGUGCUGGGCAUUGUGCUGGGCACGCUGCUCAAGGAUCACGAGAUGCGCGGCGUUGGCUUCCAGCAGGUGGGCUUCCAUCGUUUCUUCAUGAUGCUGUUCAUGGAACUCUGCUCCGCCGAUGCCAUACUCGAGUCGCUGAUGCACAGCAUUGUGUCGGCCUUUGGCUACACCUAUCAUCUGCUCAAUCCGAGCGUGGCGCCAGGCUUCUGCUUUGCCUGGCUGGAGCUCAUCUCGCAUCGCGUCUUCCUCGGCCGCAUUCUGGUCCAGAUACCCAACCAAAAGGGCUGGCCCCUUUAUGCUCAGCUGCUGCAGGAUCUCUUCAAGUACUUGGCGCCCUUCUUACGCAACACGGAGCUGGGCAAGCCCGUGCAGUUGCUCUACCGCGGCACAUUGCGUGUGCUGCUGGUGUUGUUGCAUGACUUCCCAGAGUUUCUCUGCGACUAUCACUUUGGCUUUUGUGACGUCAUACCGCCCAACUGCGUGCAAAUGCGCAAUAUUAUCUUGUCCGCAUUUCCGCGCAACAUGCGUCUGCCUGAUCCAUUCACUCCCAAUCUAAAGGUGGACAUGCUGUCGGACAGCAGCAAUGCGCCCAAGGUCUCCAGCAGCUUCACGGUCAACAUACAGCCGCCGAACUUUAAGAAGGAUCUCGAUUCGUACUUGAAGGCGCGUGCGCCCGUCACAUUCCUCUCUGAGCUGCGCGGUCAUCUGCAGGUGACCAGCGAGCCGGGCACGCGCUACAACAUGACGCUGAUGAAUGCUCUGGUCAUGUAUGUGGGCACCCAAGCCAUAGCGCUGAUUAGAAACAAGAACUUCAUGCCCAACACAUCGAACAUUGCGCAUAGCGCACAUAUGGACAUCUUCCAGAAUUUGGCCGUCGAUCUGGACACCGAGGGACGCUAUCUGUUCCUGAAUGCCAUUGCCAAUCAGCUGCGCUAUCCCAACAGCCACACGCAUUACUUUAGCUGUGCGGUGCUGCAUCUGUUUGCCGAGGCCAAUUCGGAGGCCAUACAGGAGCAAAUAACACGCGUGCUGCUCGAGCGUUUGAUUGUAAAUCGUCCACAUCCUUGGGGUCUGCUCAUCACCUUUAUCGAGCUGAUCAAGAAUCCCAUUUACAAGUUCUGGGAACAUGAUUUCGUGCACUGUGCCCCCGAAAUAACCAAGCUCUUUGAAUCCGUGGCACGCUCUUGCCUGGCCAAGUCCAAUGUUACCCAGCAGCUGAACAUGGCUGUGGAUGGUGAGAACAAUAAUCAGGAGGUCAAUAUCAACUGAGUGCAGCGCUUCUCGCUGGAUUUUUGUACUCUGCAGCGCAGACAGCAUUAGACCAGCCCACAACACACACACACACACACUUGCAUAAAUUCAAUUAUAUACAUCUAUAUAUAUAUAUAUAUACAAAAACAUACUAACAAAAAUGUGUUUAGUUCUUAGGUGUAGUGUUUUAAGCAAACAAUGAAAUUACACGAAAGUUAAAGAAAACGAAGAAAAGAUUUGUUAAAUAAGCGAGAGAGAUAGAGAGAGGAGCGAACGAUUAAGUAAUUAAUUCAGAAAUGUAUCUAGUGUAAUUGUGUAGAGGGAGAGUAUCGAAACGAGAACAUUUUAAAUGCCCGCAAAUGUUACAAAUUUUUUAAUUGAGUUGUAUUAUAAUUAUAAAUGAACAAUUCCUGUAUUUACCUGUGGUUUUACAAUUGUUGUGGCUACGUUAAGCGAAUUAGUUGUCGCAAAAAAAAAAACAAACGCAACCCACUAAAAAUGUUAAUCAAACUAUAAAAAAAUUAAAAAAAAAAUACACA